AUGGCUCGCGCAGCUAUCAUCCCAAAGUCGUCCCCAAAACGGACCACCCGUGGCCGUCCCCCGGCCAGCACAGUUAAAGCCGCCAGUCUCACCACGGCCAGCAAACCGGUCGCGAGGACUACGAGGACAAAGUCAGGAACUUCUGCGACAGAAACCAGAAAAAGAGUCACGAGAACUGCAACGGCGACAAGCGCGAGGACUAGGCAGCCGGACUCUGACACGGAUGAGGCUACGGACGACGAACUGGGACUCAUAGAUACGAAGGAAAAAGCGAAACCAGGCAGACCCAAAGGGAAGAGCUCAACUUCUUCCACAAGCGCUACAGGACGGGGAAGAAGACCCGCGACUCCUGCAGCUGCAGAGUAUGAGAGCGACAACGAUGAGGACGAGCUGGCCCAGACCGAUGCCCCUAAGAAGCGACCUGGACGGCCAAGGACGAAGCCGCUGGCAAAGGAGAACGAAGUUCAACCCGAGACAGCACCUAGACCGAGAGGUCGACCAAGGGCAACUGCCGCGGCGAAGCCUGCUGCCACUACAGGUGCUGAUAAAGACAGUACAAAGAAGAAGACUCGAACACAGAAGGGCGCAGUCGAAGCAUCCAGUAGUGGUCCCAAACAUAUGGUUAUCGCGACAAACUCCACAACCAUGAGGUCAAAUUUGCUCCGGGGACCAGCCAAGAAGAAAACUGUCACAUUCAAAGAUGUGUCCGAUUCCGAAGAGGAGGAUGCCAACGAACCAGCUCCUGCUACGACUGGAAGACGCCGAGCAGCAACUACAGCAGCAGGCAAGGUCGGUCUCGGAGCCAAGCCAGUUCGCAAGCCUGCUACAACUACUGGCCGAGGGCGCAAGCCUGCAGCCUCCACGAAAGAAGCCAGCAAGCCUCUCUCACCCAAGAAAGCCACGCAAGUUGCCAAAUCGAUUUCCUCAUAUGUCAGCUCGGACGGAGAGGAUGAUGAACUCAGCAGCGCCAAGGACCAAAUAAAGCUGGUCAUAAACUCGCCUCUCAAACAAGGAUCAGAAGCUACUGGGUUGAGCUCUCCCGUGCGAAAAAUCAACUUCACACCAAGAAAACUCAACCAGUCGGUGGACGAAAAUGGGGAGCCCAACCUCCAACCUACGAAGGCAGUCGACUUCAGUGACUCGCUGUUUAUGUCCAGUCCUGCCCGGCGGCCCACCCCUUCUCCCUUCCACUAUACCGUCAAGGAGACACCAAGACGAGCUCGCUUGUCCUUUAAAGGACACGAGAAAUCGAUUGCCCAGCCGAGUUUAACGCCAACACAAAAUUCACCACUCAAAGCAUCUCCAAAGAAAGCCCACUUGGAGACACCCAGACACGGAGGCUUGGGUAUCCAUGACGAAAUCAUGCCUUUAUCACAGCCGAAUUUCACCCCAGGGCACAAUUCGCCUCUCAAAUCGUCCCCUAAGAAAGGCAUAUUUGGCGUAUCUUUCGCUCAGGCUCCCUUGCAGGAAUCAUCGACGCCAUUCAAGUCCCGGUCGCUGUUGCUCCAAAGCCCUGCAAAGAGAAUUGCUUCCCCGUUCAAGAACAGUCUCUUCUCGAGUGUUCGUUCAAUGCCGGAAUUGCGUCAGAACGAAAGCGGUAUGGAUCUUGCUAGCGGUGCCGACCAGGCCAAUGAUGCGGAAGAUGUUGAAACGUCUCUCAGGACUCCUGAACCUCAAGGGCCGAUGGAUGUCGAUUAUGAUAACGAAGGACUAGACCAAGAAGAGGAGCCGGAACAAGAAUCGUCCGACGAGCAUCCUGUCGUGGAAUCUCCGGCGCACUUUGCUGAUUCUCAUGAUAUCAAUGACGAGCAGCAAACACACUCCAUGACCGCAGAAGAUGUCGAGGACGCUCCAGAACAGCUGUCCGAUCAUGAUGAUGUCGUCGACAGUGUCGAGGAUGUUCGAGCUUGCGAGUUGACCAACGAAGGUCCUGAAGUCGAUUGUGAAGAAUCUGGCGACGCAGCCUCUGAUGCAGAAGCUGCGGAGUAUAACGCCGAGACCCUUGCCGACGAGGAACCUCGAGUGCUAGAUGACAACGACAGUGAAGAGGGCUCUGAGAUUGAUGAGAACGAUGUCCAUCUGGCGGACGAAAGCAUUGUCGGCCAUACCGAAUAUGUCAGCAACAUGGGUACCCACGCCGAGCAAAAUGACCUCGCGCCUGAUUAUGAUGACGCAGAGGACCCGGACGCAACUGAAUCAGAGCCAGAGGAAGAGCGCAUGAUGCAGGACGUAUACGGCAACGAGUUUCAAGCUGUGACAGAGGAGUCAAGCCUGCCGUUUCAGCGACACUCGAUUGAGGGACUUGAAGAUGUUUUCACUGACGCUCCGGUGGCCGAUGAAGACGUUGAUGGUGAAUCUGACACUGACCCUAUUCCGGAGACUACGGGAAGUGCCGCCGUUCAAGUCGAUGUCCAACCUGAAGAGCUCAACGAUGAGUAUGUUGAUUUCCACGAUAGCGAAUAUUUUGAUGAUGACGAGGCGACACUCGUCGCAUUUGAUACCACGGACCACUAUAUCUAUGAAGUUCAGCCUGACGCAGAACCGAAUGCGGAGUCAAACACUGAGCUAGGCGCUCAGCAAGAACUGGAAAGAGUGAAUAGCCCCCUUCAUGACCAGGAUCGUUCCUUUGCACCACAAGCGUCGACAACUCAGGAUGCCAUUGCCUACCACGGUAAUCUGGAAUACCGCGAAGAAGAGGAUAUGUCUGAGUCUGAGCUCACCACGGACAACCAGAGUCAUUCGUUCGAGCAUAAUGACCUGCCCGAUUCAUCUACCUCCGCGGCGGUUUGCAGUGACGACCCGCAAAGCGGAUCUCUGAUGCAGCGAAACCGUCGUCCACGGUUCACGCUUUUGGCAGAGCAGCUCAGUCAAUGGAAAGCUAGCAGCCCCGAGAAGGCCCGGCCAAAACGCACCGGGCGAGGGGUGUUCUCCAUCGGAGGACUUCGAAGGUCUUCUCGUCGUGGGUCUCGUAUUCCUCAAGAAGUGGCCUACCCUGACAUCGAAAAUUGUCUUGGAUCCCCUCAAGACAAAGCCUCAGAUCGCCCUCGCGAUAGCGAGAUCUACGCCGGUGUUCCAGAGACCUACGAGGACCAGGAUGAGCAAAACCUAGAAGAGUCUCGUUCUAGUGCUGUAGCAACAUCAUCUCCCCAGAGAGAGCCAAUGACCGAGUUGUUCAGCGAGCCGCAACCCGAAUUCGCUGAGCCGACUGCAUACGAAGAGUUCCUGAACCGUCAGCCUGCGCAUGCUUCUGAUAUCGCCAAGAGCCCGGUUGUAUCGCCUAGCUCUCCGAAAGAAGACAAUUCGGACGAGAACAAGGAGAAUGGAAGAGUCGAAUCGCCUGCUCCUGCCACACCCGUCAAGCAGAAAAAGAUCCCGCUAAAGACCUUCCAUACGGUAUCCAAAGUACCUCUGAAGCCGGAAGGUCAAGUUUCACCCUUGAAACUGUCCCGCAAAAGGGGCCGAUCGCUCUCAAUCUCUUCGCCUGUCCGGUCAUCUCCUCGGCUCCGAAAGCCUGUGCUUGCUCCCCUGCAGCAGAGUACGGCACAAGCCUCUCCUCGCAAGAUGCCCAAACUCCAACAUAACGAGACUCCCCGGUCUCAAAAAUGUGACUCCGGGCGGAGGAGUGUUGCCAGCCAGUCGAGUAGGCGUUCCAUGGCUCCUUCAGCAUCUCCAAGCCCCUCAAAGACUCCUCAUAGGAACAUUGCUGCUUGUGAAAACGUUCUUGGAGGAGCGGUUGUAUAUGUGGAUGUCCAUACAACUGAGGGAGAAGAUGCCAGCGGCAUAUUCAUUGAACUUCUGCAGCAGAUGGGAGCUCGAUGCGUCAAGAGUUGGGGAUGGAAUCCUCGCGCAAGUAUGUCGUCAGGCGAUAUGACAAACCGCAGAGACAGCAAGGUGGGAAUUACCCACGUUGUGUUCAAGGACGGAGGAGUGAGGACCCUGGAAAAGGUCAGACAAGCGGCUGGCCUGGUCAAGUGUGUCGGUGUUGGUUGGGUUCUUGAUUGCGAGCGAGAAAACAAAUGGCUUGAUGAAACCCACUACGCAGUCGAUAGCUCCAUCAUCCCUCGCGGUGGUGCCAAGCGCAGGAAGAGCAUGGAGCCUCGGGCACUGAGCAAUGUCAACGGAACUCUGAUCAAAGCGGACAACAGCGCAUCGGUGUCUGCAUCUGGCAGACGCUCCGGGGCUGACUUUAGCACCAUGGGUGAUUUUAUGAGACAGACUCCUCCACUUUCGCAUGGGGAGGCUUCGACUCCGGAGAGCAACAGAAAGUACACCGUAACCCACACAGAGGCAGAUCAGCAAUAUUGCCAGACGCCAAAGACCCCAGGCACAUCUGGAUACGAUUUCAGCAGGAUGGACAACAUCGGAAUGUCCCCUGCCACCCCAUUCUAUCUCUCUCAGAAAUCCAGGCUCGUCCAACAAACGUGCCCCCCAAAGCAGACUCGGCAAGGCCUCUUUUCGACUUCGUCGUCGAUUGACGAUGAGCCUACUCAGAAACUACGAUUCAAGCUGGAGGCUGCGCGACGAAAGAGUCUUGCUUUCAAGCCCAAGGUUGGCAGUCCACUCAUCAAUUGA